GGUCAACCCCGGGGUGCAAAACGCGCGCACCGCUUCUCCCCCCGCCGCCAACCUGCCUGCUCUGCAGCCCGUCGUAUCAGCGAAGUGCUGCUCUGAAAUGGCGACGGCAAUAUACUUGGAACAUUACCUUGACAGUAUUGAGAACUUGCCAUGUGAACUUCAGAGAAACUUUACUUUGAUGCGGGACCUGGAUAACAGGACUGAAGAGAAAAAGGGAGAGAUUGACAAGUUGGCUGAGGAAUACAUAGCCAAUGUGGUGAACUUGGCUUCAGUGCAGAGAGUGGAACAUCUGCAGAAGAUCCAGAAUGCAUACAGCAAGUGCAAAGAGUUUAGUGAUGACAAAGUCCAGCUUGCUAUGCAGACCUACGAGAUGGUGGACAAACACAUCCGCAGACUUGAUGCAGAUCUGGCACGGUUCGAGAACGAGCUGAAGGGAAAGCUGGAAUUAAGCGGCUAUGAGAGUCCAGAGGCAAGGGGAUUGAAAAAGGCCGACUCCAGGGGGCUAAGAGAGAAGCGUGUGUCCAGGGGAAGAGGGAGGAAGAGCUCUGAUGAAGAUUCUCCAAGGAAGAAGAAGAUAAAAAAUAACCCUGAUUUGAGUGAUGGUCUUCUGCCAAUGCAGCCAUCGGAUGUUCUAGACAUGCCAGUGGAUCCCAAUGAGCCAACCUAUUGCCUGUGUCAUCAAGUGUCGUAUGGCGAGAUGAUCGGCUGUGAUAACCCAGAUUGUCCAAUAGAAUGGUUUCACUUUGCUUGUGUUGAUCUUGCAACCAAGCCCAAAGGAAAAUGGUUUUGUCCUAGAUGCACACAAGAUAGGAAGAAAAAGUGAGAUUUCAGAUAGGGUACUUUUAUAAUAUUGAUGUAUAUUGAGGAUAGAUUUAGAAAAAACGUUAUAUAUAUAUAUAUAUAUAUAUAUAUAUAUGCAUACAUUUUCCUUAUAUCCUUUCCUCAUUAAAAAGUUUUUAGUUAAAUCCCAGUCCGGAAUUGGGGUAUAAUUGUGUGUAUAAUUGUUUGCUCAUUUUCCACAAAUGUUUUUUUUUUUUUUUUUGGAUUGAUGAAUAAAGCUUUUUCAUUUCAGAUGUACAAUAGAUGAAAGGUAAACUUAAAUUUAAAAUGUCUUUAGAAUGUUUUUGUUGAUUAGAUAAUUGCUGUUUUUCAUAUGUUUGCCAUUAAGUGCCCACCCCUAAAUGAUCAACUUCAAUCCCGGAUUGUUGCUUUGACAUACUUGAAGUAUAAAUCCUAUUUUUUAAAUAAAGGCCUGCUGAAAAUAUACGUAUGACUUGAAACUCAGUAUUCUGAACAACAAUUCUGGUUGUACUAGGAAAGACCUUAUGUCUGAAUUUCAAAUACCUACCUCUGGGGCAUGCAUAUUACUGCAUAACUGACUGAUUCAAUGUAGUGUAGUGUGUAUUAUAUAUUAUUUUUCAAUUUAAACCAAACAAGAAAAGUAAACCAAUCUUUCCUCUAUCCAGAAUGCUUUUUUAUUACAUGUGCUGUACAACAACUAUGAUAAGAAAAUCACUUGUGACAUUCUUGGAUGUAUUGUGAUAUAUUCAAUUAGUCGGUCAGUGUCUUGCAAACUAUAGGAGGUAUGAAGGCACUUUGAAUUGCACUUCCCCAUACAGAGGUUUGAAAUGCAGGCAUGGUUUUAGAAUUCAUCCCAUAACUUUGUUCAUCACAUCCAAAUCUACAAGAUAUUUCUCUUCGUAUUCGUUUGUAUCAUGGGGAAGAAGAAUUUUUGGUUUGAGAGGAAUUAUUUCCAAAGAUAGAUUUAUUGUGUUAGCUAGGUUUUGGUCACUAAAAUGAUAAUGAAUAGCUUGUCUGUAUUCCUACUGUGAAUAUCCAUUAUUUAUGUGUACCCCUGAUAUGUAAGGAGCCAAAGCAUUUUGUAUUUUUCUUAUACUUCAGUAUUUUAUAUCAAAUAAAUAUUGAAUUGCUUAUA